AUACUUUUGUCUUCUUUUCUCUUUUCCUCUCUGAUUUUUUUUUUGCAUUAGUAAACAAUGAGUCCUUAUACCGGUAGAGACAUUGCUCUCUUUAUUAUUGCCUUCUUUUUCCCUCCUGCCGCAGUAGCCAUCAAGACUGGAUGCAGUAUCGAUUUACUUAUUAAUAUUUGUCUUUGUGCACUUGGUGCUGUGCCAGGUAUUAUUCAUGGCUUUUAUAUAGUACAUAAAUACAAUGAAAAUAUUGAAGACCUUGAAUCGGGUGGACUUCAAUAUGAACGACUGCCAGCAGAAGAUCCUUCUAGAGUUGUUUAUGGUUCAACAGGGCCGAAUUAGGCUCCCUUUAAAAAUAAAAAUAAAUAAAAAAUGAACAUGUAAACAUUUA